AUGGAGGAUUCGGUCAACAAAAGAAUUCUAGCCACAGGGAAGCAUAAAGAUGGUCUUUAUGUAUUGAACUUGGGUUUUAAAGCUCUUUAUGGUCUUAAACAAGCCCCAAGGGCUUGGUUUCAACGUUUAAGCUCUUUUCUGAUCAACCAGGGCUUCAUGUGUAGUCAAGCCGACACCUCACUUUUUAUUUUUCAUCGUGGAUCAUGCCUUUUAUAUUCGUUGGUGUACGUUGAUGAUAUCAUCCUCACCGGAAAUCAUGAUCAAACCAUUACACGCUUUAUCGCUUGUUUAAAAAAUGAAUUUGCGAUUAAGGAUUUAGGCAGAUUAAGUUAUUUUCUUGGUCUUGAAGUUUCAUACACAUCAGCUGGUCUUUUUCUUAGUCAAAGUAAGUAUGCUCAUGACAUUCUCAAACGGGCAAAUCUUUUAGAUUCAAAACCCGUCGGGACCCCUCUUGCCACAAAUGACGUUUUCACCACCAACGGACAAAGUUUUCAUGAUCCUACUUUAUAUCGAUCCUUUGUCGGAGCUCUUCAAUAUUUAACUAUCACCAGACCGGAUCUUUCAUAUGCUGUUAAUCAGGCUAGUCAAUUUCUACACUCACCCACUGAUCAACAUUUUCAAUUGGUAAAGAGGAUUAUGCGAUAUGUCAAAGGCACUAUUACUCAUGGUCUUCAUUUCUCAUGUCCUGACAAAUCUAUGCUCAUUGGAUACUCUGAUGCCGAUUGGGCUACAUGCAUUGAGACCAGGCGUUCCACCUACAGCUACUCAAUCUUCUUUGGUGGAAAUCUUAUAUCUUGGAGUGCUAAAAAACAGCUCACAGUUUCACGAUCAAGCUGCGAAUCUGAAUACCGAGCAAUGGCUAACACCGCUGCUGAGCUUAUAUGGAUUUCUCAUUUAUUGUGUGACUUAAACGCCUUGCCCUCUUCACGUCCUACUUUAUUAUGUGACAAUUUUAGUGCCAUAUUUCUUAGCCAAAAUCCAGUCGCUCACAGAUGUGCUAAACAUAUUGAUAUUGAUUACCACUUUGUUUAUGAGUUGGUGUUAUCCGGUAAAUUGCACACAAAAUUUGAGCCUACCAAGCUUCAGGUGGCUGAUAUUUUCACAAAACCCUUACCAAGACCGCUAUUUGAAUCAUUUCGUGACUAG